AUGCAUCUCUCGGAGCGAUUCAGGGGAACCCCAAGUCUGGUCCCCAGUUGGUGCGUUUGGCGCCACCACCGCCUCCCGAGCCGUGGCGAAUCAAUUCCUCGGUUCCGGCCCCCAGCCGCAGUAUGGAGUCGUCUCUCCGGGCCGGAGGCGGUCCUUUUGGCCGUAGCGGAACAAGAGGUCACGGUUUUCCGCGGCGGGCCGGAUCGAACGCCCUCUAAGCCGCCUUCAGGCUUGAGAGUGUCCGGUGAGGAAGAGGCGGAGGACGUUGGGGGCGUGAGCCGCCACCUCAGGGCGUCCUCGAAGGCUUUGAGCGGCAGCAUCGUUCACCGGCCGGAACGCGAGGCUUGGGAGGUCGAGUCCGGGCCCCGAGCGACGCUGUCUGGGUCCGGGAGCCGCCGCGGAGCGCCAGGUAGCGAGCACGACCCGCCCUCGUCCUUCAGGCACAGGGACCCUGAGCUGCCCGAGGAGAAGCCCGCUUCCGAGAGGGUCUGCCGUCGAGGGAGCCCGGGAGGCGGCGAGAUGAAUGUCGAGCAGCUACAGAAGGAGGAGCAAGACAACGACGAGGAGGCAGAGGCGGCGGGCAGGGCUGGCCGCUCGUUCUCCAGCCGCCUUCAGGACAGCCGCAGCCUGGACGGGCUGAGCGGGGCGUGCGGUGGCGCGGGGUCUACAGCGGGGUCCGAGUCCGGCGCGGGCGGCGGACGCCGUGCCACCAUCUCCAGCCCUUUGGAGCUGGAGGGGACAGUGAGCCGUCACGGCGACCUCACCCACUUUGUCGCCAACAACCUGCAACUCAAGAUCCGCCUGAGCGGCGCCCCUCCGGCCCUUCCCCCUGUCCCUGUGCGUCCCUGCUUAACGCCCGCACCCACUCCCACCAUCCCGCCCAUCGACCCCGAAGUGCUGCGAGAUCUGGAGCGGCUGAGUCGGGAGCUGGGAGGCCGGGUGGAUCGUUUGCUCCGCGGACUGGGUGGUGCGGUGCAGGAGCUGACGGCGCUGAGCGUGGGCUGCAUCCAGACCUACCGCGACGCGGUGGACUCCUUAGGCGAAGCCGUGGACAUGAGUAUCAAGGGCAUGUACACCCUGCUGGCGCGUUGCGAGGAGCUGGAGCGGGCUCUGCAGCCAGUUCAGGGGCUGGCUCGCCAAGUCCGAGAUAUCCGACGCACUUUGGAGGUGUUGGAGGCACUGUGCAAAUGAGUGGGAGAGCGCAGAAGCCAAGGCUGGCCAGGACUGGACCCUAAGGACUCUUCAAGAAAGCCUGGUGGGAACUGCCUGCCUGAGGGAAGGACUGUGUUGGAGGUUUUCCCACUGCGUCUAGCUGCCUGUGCCCACCCACUGGGCCCUAAGGAGCUGUCUGGGGGUGGGUGGGUCUAAUAGCUCUCCUGAUGAGAGGGGAUGUUGCUCUGCUUCUACUCUGUUGGCCUUCUGUAGCUACCCUGUUCUUACCAACUCCUCUUCCCAGCUAGAGCACCAUCCCUUGGGAAGCCAGGGCCUGAGGAGGUCUGUUUAGGGUCAGGUCCUAACUCCAUAUGAGAUCAAGACAUGGGAACGGAAAAAGCCCCAGCCCCAUUGUGGCCAUCCUGACUCCGGUGGCCACAUCUCAGGUGCCAGGGGCUUUAGGAGCUUGAGUGCAGGCAAAGAUACACAGCUGCAGAUGGAUGACCUCCGCUCCUGCCCUGGUCCCCUGCGAUAUUGCUUCCCCAGCCAGAACGGGUGGAGCCAAGAGGAAUGCACUGCCUGGUGGAAGUGGUGCGGUGGGAGAUGUCUUGCUGCUCAGGGUUCAGGUAGAAUUGUUCCUGGUCUUGAAGCCCAUUUCUUGUGGAGUGUUCUAACGCGUUUUGGCUUCCUGAACUUUUGUGAAAUUAAAGUGCUGCUGCUGCUAAGGCUGAA